AUGAGAGGAUCGCUCAAUCCCAGCAGAAUAAAUGAUCCUGCGGUGAUGGAUGUUUAUGAGAUAAAUAUCAAGAAGGCACCGAGCAAAAAGGAGAUCGAACUUAGACUGCUAGAGCAGGGUAAUGCCCGUAAUGCAGCACCAUCUCGGAGAUCUGUGGUGACAUGGAUAUCUAUGGGGUUGGCAAUCGAGGAGGCUCAAAUUGCAUUGCUCAUCGAGAUAGAUGGAUUCACGUGUUCUGCUGUCACGUAUCUCAGAGAGGGAUUCGAUGGAGAUGACGAUCAUGACGACUUGAACAUAGACAUCCUAGAUGAUCUCGAUGAUGACCCGGAAGAUUUUACCGAGACAUCUGAUACAUGGACAAACUCACCCGAGCUCAUUGCAAUCCCAUUGCCAUUAAACCUCGGGGUAGAUCGAUGCAGACACUUGAUGGCAGAGGAUCUCAUUCCGCUGGAGAUCUCCCUUCGCAAAGGGCAGGCAAAUGAUGCACUUCACAACCUCCACAUUCACUUGUGCAACAAGGCAGUCCUAUUCCGAACGAAUGGUCAGGCAAGCCAAAUCUCAAGCCCUGAAAACUCGAGCCUGGUCACAGGACUGCAAAUGAUGAAACUUGACACGGGGCAUGGCCAACUUCAGAAGUACAAACCCCUGCUUCGCAAGCAGCUCAAAGUCAACACUGCCGUGGGUGAUCCGAAUGCCCGUGGUCAACGAAAUGAAUUCCUCGCGUGGUUCUGGUCCAUCGAUGUCGAUAUGCAUGGUCUGGAUCAAUCAUGGAAUGAGGAAUUUUACCAAGUUCACUGGCUCCAGGCAAAGGCACUAUGGGAUCGAUGGAAGGAAGGGCUGAUGUUGGUCCAAUUUGAGAUGGAUUGGACAUGUAACUUUUUCUUGUGGAAAGCAGCCCAAUGGGGCGACCGGAUGCAGGAAUCAUUCACGAAACGACUUCCGGGUCAUGCAUGCUACUCCGGAAGGCAAUCCUGA